GUUACUGCAAAGUAAAUCCCGACGCAUCCGUGUGGUUCUUGGUGACGUCUCAAUCUUUAGAACCCUCGACGCUGGCAGCCUUGAAGGCUCUUCAGGUCACCUACCAGAACUUGUGUGUGGCUUAUGUGAACUUCGACUAGCUUUUUAAGGGCACUCCGCUGCUAGAACUUUACCACUCCAGAAAGUUCUAUAAAACUUCGCAAAAAAUCCACAACCUGAGCGACAUGAGCCGCGUGGCGCUGGUGUACAAGUUCGGAGGUCUGUACUCGGACAUGGACGUCAUCGCCCUGCGCCCUCUGGUGGGCGCCACCAACUUCAUCGCGCUACAGGACGACGAGAUCGGCUACCUCAACCCCGCCAUCCACCGCAUGCGACGCCACCACCCCAUGUUGCUGAGGAUCAUGAAGCAUGUUGCUGCCAACUAUAAUGGCCAAACUUGGGCCGCCAACGGGCCCACUGCCACGUCAGACCUAGCGCGACUGCUAGGAUGCGAUCUAAAACCCGUCGGCUUAGAUCGCCUCCUGAACGCUACUCACAACCAAACUUCUCAACCAAUUACCCCCCACCAGACGGAGGAAUGCGACUGGGUGGCACUUUGGUCCAAUGCCUUCAUGGCCGUGAACUUCAGAGCGGCUUAUAAACUUUUUCUUGGACCUGAGAAGAACGAAACUUCUCCACCCAUACAAACACUGUACCCGGACAGCCUGGGCCUGCAUUUCUACAACUACAUGACCCGAGACAAGGAAGUACAGUCAGGCAGCCACAUGCACAGGCUCGCCUCUGAAUUCUGUCCAGUCGUCGUCAAGAAGCAUCCGCUGCUCGCAAGCAUGAACGUUUCCAUUAGUUCCUAACCGCACUAGAGAGGCUAAUCCCAUGAAUGGAUGUUCAGUGACACGCAAAAGUAUUGGAUGCAUUAUAUUUUUCUUCAUAUCUCUAGUUAAAGUGCGAGAUUUUAUAUAAUAUUUGGUCAUUUUAUUGCCAAGGGUACUUGUAGGAUUUAAUUUUUUUGCAAAUUUUUAGUUUGUAGAACCUAAUUUAUGUUGGAUAUUUUGGUAGUCCAAUAUUUGUUUGUGAGCUGUAAAUUUUAGAGUGCAACGUAUUUGGGUUGCUAGUUUACCGUCCGUAGCUCUUAUUUCGAGUCUAAAAUCGAUUGCAUGAUGGCAAAAUUUAACGCUGCAACGACAAUAAUAAAUUCGAUGGUCAACUUUU